AUGCCAGCAUUCCAAGGUGGCAUUUUCGGGGGCUCAAACCCUUUCCGCCCUGGUGGUGGCCGCACAGGUGGCGGUGGAGGCCGACCAAGCCAUCCCCAACCAGACCCAUAUGAUGACUACAACGACUCACCUCCCAUGAUGGGUGGCAUGCGCGGGCCAGGUCCCAUGUACAGCGGUGGAAUGGGCGGUCCCAUGACAGGCGGCCAGACACACUCCUACUCCUCCUACCAAGACUCCGACGGCAACAGACACGAAGAAGGUUACGGUCCAGGCGGUCCUUUCAGCAACUCCGUCCGUGGAGGAAUGGGCAUGGGACAAGGUCCGCCAUCUCAAGGACGCCCACCCCCAGGAAGUCUCCUAGGCGGGCGAAACACCGGACCAGGUGCUUUCUCCUCUUCUUUCUGGAGCGGCCCCAACCCCUUCCGCAGCAACGGCGCCAACGGCCCUCCAAACGGUCGCAGCGGACCCAAUACAGGCCCCCGCGACCCUUCCUUCAGAAUGGAAGUCGAGCCAGCACCGAUGCCCCAUUCCAACGGUCUCACGAGCGAAAAUACCGAACUCAUAGCCGACUUCAUGGCAGAGAACACGCAGCCCUUAGGCGGGCCCAUCACACCCCCAAAUGCAGAAUGUCCGAUUUGUCUGGAGCCGCCGAGCGCGUCGCACCUCUGUGUUCAGAUUAAGAAUAUACCCGGAUGUAAUCACCUUAUUGGGAGGCAGUGUCUGAAAGAGAUGUUGGUCAAUCGGCCGGAUGAUGCGAAGAAGUGUCCGAUUUGUCGCGCGGAGUUUCUGGGGGAAGAUGGGAUUUGGCAGGAUAGUGAGCAGUUUCAGCAGUUGGGACGGGGUGGUCCGCCUGGGUAUGGGGGUGGUCCUCCUCCUGGUUAUGGGGGCGGGAUGCCAACGCCGAGACCUGCUGGAUAUGGUGGUGGUGGACCUCCACAAGCACCUCGUCCGACACCUCGUCCAGCACCACCCAGCUAUGCCACUGCAGCUGCUUCACCAGCGCCUCCAGGUCCCCCAAGCUACAUGGCAGCACCUCGUCCACCUCCAGCUCCCCGUGCUGCUCCUGGACCUAGUCCCCACGCCGCCCCCCCAGGUCUUCGCAACGCGAUGCGUGGUGGAGCCAGAGUUCAUGGCAUGGGCGAUGUUGGUAGAGGACGCGGCAACGAGCAAGACGACGACGACGGUGGCAUGCAAGGUGGUUCCCCAAUGAUGAGCCAGGACAGGUGGCCACCUGAGCCACGCGAACCAGAAAGCAACUUUGGUGGCCGUGGUCAACAGCUUGGAUACAUGGAUGAACGGCAGCUUUGGUAG